UCGCGUUAAUUUCCAAUAAAUUAUAUCCUCCAUUUCCCAUCUCCUUCCAAAUUCUGCAUAAUAAGCUUACUAACUUGCUGUAAGCCCUCGGCCGGGGACCGGAUGACCGCUAAACCUACUUCGGCCAGCUUCCUUUGCCCCGAACCCAAAUCUCCAGCAAUUCUCCACUGAAAAUCCACAACUCCAUGCUUCAUUACCCGAUUCUAUGAUAAUUCUCUGCCAAAAAGCCCGCGCUCCCUCUUUUUUUCGCACGCUUCAUAAACUCUUCCACACCUACUCUCUUCUUUUUCUUCCUCUCUUCUCGACAAUCACCAGUCUUGCAUACUGCUGCACACCAGACGAACACCACCAUCAUCCCAACUGCCGCCCCCCCCGCGCCCACGCUGACAACGAACCCCACGUCCAAGCUUCACCACCACGUUACAUGUGAUCUGACACCCCCAGACAAAUCUGCUUCAUUGUCACAAGCUUCCACGAACCGCGUGGUCCCGUGAACCGAAAAUCUCUGCCCUUCUCUCAUUCGCGAACAGCAUUUUUAUCGCCAGCAGCAUCACGAGCAACGCUUCGCUUUUCCCUCCUCUCCUCUCUCUCUCCCCGCCAACGGCGUCAUCCACCACCACCCAAAAAGAUGACAGCCAUGACCUCCAUCGCUCCUCCAAACCUCCACGAACGACUCUCCCCCAUCCUCGCAGCGAUCCCGCCGGCCGCCGCAUCUCCGCACCCAGCAGAAGGCGUUCUCCCCUUUCUCUCGCCGAUCCUCCGCCAGCGCGUCAACAUCCUCUCGAGCUCUAGCACAGACCCGUGGCUUCGCCUACUCUGCUACGAUGUGUCCAAAGCCGCACAACUGACAGGCAUCGCCGCCAGCGGAGCUCUUGAGCCGCACCCCGUGUCCGGCGAGGUAGAGGUCGACUGGGACUACGACGCAGAGACGAGAUAUCGCCGCGUUGACAACGAGACACUGCAAGCCCUCGUCGUUCUGAGCGAAAUUGGCCUCGCAUUCCAGCUAGUAUACUGCAUCAACGAUGCCGAGGGCGGCGGCGACGGCUGGCGAGUCGGCGAGCUCACACCGGCGGACAAGUCGUCCCCGUUCUCCAAGUUUGGCGGCGUAUCGUCCAUUGCAGAGGCCGAGCGCCAGUUCAAAGACAAGAGCGCAGGCCCGCCGGCCAGCUCUUCUCUCGCCGUAAGCGCCCCAGCUGUCUCUGCAGAUGCCAUGGAUGAGGACGACGAUGAUGGAUACUGGGCACAAUAUGACGCCACGCCGGCCAACCGUACACCUGCGGACAACCGCUCACCGGCGCCUGGCGCCGCUUCCAACGGCAGUGCGUCGGCUUCGUACUCCAACGGAGCCUCGCUGCGCCGUGACAACGACGACGACGACUACUAUGCACAAUACGAUGACGUCCAGCCGGCCAUGGACAACUACGACCCGGACGAAGCGCCGGCCGCUGCCGAAAUCUCACCCCCUCUUGGCUUUGGUCUCCCUGCAUCUUCGUCCUCCACAUCCAACAUCCUCGCCCCAGCCCCUAUCCCCGUAUCCGCGGCUGCCCUGGCCGCUGCCGCCGCCGCAGCAUCGUCUCCCAGCGACACCUCGUAUCUUGCAGCAGCUGCCGCUCUAGCACACCCUCGCCCUGAGUCGAGCGCGUCGUCCAACGGCUCGCAAACCGUAGCAAGGCUAGAGGCUACCGCUGGCAUGAAGGAGCAGAGUGAGUUUGGCGUAAAGCAACAUGUAUCCCGAAGCAUCCGCAGCCUGUUUCUGCUGUCCCGGGCGUCCGGCAUCGAUCGGGAGGAAUUCUCCCGCCUUGUCCAGACAGAAAUGGACCUUUUGUCUCUCUCGGACGAGGAGUAGAAAAAAAAACACGCCGAAUCAUUCAGAGGAAGAAGAACAUGCACUCCUGGCUCUCUUCCAUUUCGUCGAUAUCAGGCUGGAGGCGCCUGUCGCUCUUUCUUUUCUACCGAGCGCCGUACCAGGUUCCUUUUUUUUAUCGCCCUCAUCUCCCACAUGCAGAAACGCAAAAGGCCAUCAUCCGCCCCCAAAGCCUUGCUCGCUCAACCAACCUUUCGGCAGACGGCCAACUAAACAAGCCGACCGGCAUUUGGGGCGACUGGGGUGGUCCCCGAAAAGACCACCAAUAAUGAUGCCCUACAGCCUCAGCUGCGCCUUUCAUUUCAGUCAGUUCGGGCCGUCCGUUGUUGUGCGAGUGAAAUGGCGCUGUAGCUCUGCCGCGAUUGGUCGCUCCGUUUACCCAUAAGGCUGAAUGGCGAUCCUUCGUAUCUGCCCAAGCACUGGAACUUUGGAAGGCUGCAUCUCCGCACCCUUUUUUUUUAAACAUUUGAUUCUCAUCACUGCCGAGAGAAGGGGCUUCUUUCGAUUCUUCUUUUUAUUCUGUUUCUUCUUGUUUUUUUAUACGCGAAUUGAAUUACCAUUUGUGGAAGCAUCUUGCGAGCAUAGCGUCAUCUCCCAGUCCAAUGGGAGCAUUCUUUUAACACCCCUUUUUUAUUGUUUUGGGUAAUCGUUUCGUACUAUAGAUGAGUUAGGGAUCCAUUUCGAGAGCAAAAAAGUAAAUACAAAGCAUUUGCAUAUAAUAAUUCCUGAUUUG